AUGAAAAUCAUCAAUUAAAACGUAACUCAUCUAUUUCUAUGAAUUUAGGAAUCAAUUGAUUCAGAUUCAAAUGCCACUAUUCCAAAUAACAAUGAUUAGCAUUAACCAUAAAUAAAUACUAAUCCAACUACUCAAACACAAUUAAUUACUUAAAAUUAAUUGUUCAAAUAUAAUUCUCAGGAAUCUACUGAAGUAUUGCACUUAAAUAGAAAAAUUAAUCUUAAUAACAGAUUUCUCAAAACUAAAAAAGUAAAAUCAUAUUAAUUAAAUUAGACAAAAAUAACAAAGAAAUCAUAAAGUAGAAAUGAACUACUUAAACAUAUUGUUGAAUAAGACCUAAAUGAUUUAUUUGAUCUAUGA